GUUCUCACACGGACAGUCAUUCUCGCUGCUCCGUAAUCCACCAAUAGAAUGGCAAUAAUGCCCAAUGGCCGCUCUGUGAUUGGCUGAAGGGGAAGGAUCCCUGAACACGCUUACUGGGAGAUGGCGGGCCCGACGCAAGUGGUAGCUUGGCUCAGUAAAGCGGAGUGGGAGCAGGUUUUGGAAUAUCUGUACAGUAGGGACUGCAAACUGCAGCGGGAUGCGCUACACAGGAUAUCUGCCUGGAAGAGCAGGUAUGGCAACAGCAUGCCUCUUGCGGUGGAGUGCACUGCCGACCUUGUGCGCUGCAAAAUCCUGGACAUGAGUGGAGGAAUGGGGGCGGAGGAACUUGUGCUGCUCUAUGGACUUGCCCUUGUAAGGUUUGUAAAUUUAAUAACUGAGCGCAAACAGAAAACGUUCGCUAUUCCUUUGAGGAGAUUGGCUAAUGAGGUGUUAAAGAUCCCAGAGUGGGUGGUGAACCUGCGACAUGACUUAACCCACGGAAAGUUACCCAAACUUGGCAUGUGCAGGAAAGGGUGGGACUGUGUGAUGGAGUGGCUGAGGCGUGAGUACUGGUCCCGUCAGUUGGGAAACACACCAUCCUCACACUGGGGGUCAGAUGGAGAGGACUCAGAAGAUAUAGAUGAAGUUCUUCCUUCUCUCUCAGUAAAGGAACAGAAAAAGCUGACACUUACUGGUAAACUCAGAGAUGCUCUACGAACCUAUAUUGCUGAGCAGUUCAAGAUUUUUCAAGAACUUCAACAGGAGGAGAAAUCAAUGAAACAGUGGAGUUCUACUGCAGAACUUGAAUGGCUUAUUGCUCAGGUCAAAGAUCUGUCACGCCAAAAUAGGCCAGACACAUCUGUUGAGACUCUAUUAGAGGAAGGCUUUCUUAUACCCACUACAAAACAGCUUUUAACGCUCAAAAUCGAUCAGGAAGCAAACACUGAAAAUGUGCACGUUCCUCGCCCAUUUUACCGAAUGUGGCUUCCGUUGUUGAAGGUCUUGCAUUCGCAAGUGUUUACCCAGGAGCUAUUGGAGACUAUGUUUGUCAGCCUGGGGCAGUGCACAGACCAAAGCCUCAGGGCCCACUAUCUGAGUUGCUGGAUCUAUGAUGUGUUGCUAGCCAAUCAGCGUGCUGGUGAUAAAAAGAACCUGCACAACUCCCGCAAUCAGACCACAGCUAAAAAGAAGUUGACAUUGUUUACACACAAAGUUUUUCUCCAGUGGAAAAGGCUAAUGCAAAAAUGCUUGGAAUCUCCAUGCCGGGCAACCCCUAAACUCCUAAAGCUAAUCUUUGAGUACAUGAAGUCUAGUAUUCCUGCUGAUACACAGGAGCAGCUCCUUUCACUCUGCUCCCUGUAUGUUCAGAAAGGCAAAUACGAUCUGUCUGUUGAUUACCGGGAUCAGCCAAUCUACACUGUGGAAAGUCUGGAGUGGAAAAUCAAACAGAAUUCCAAGAGCAGAUCGUAUAAUCCUUGGGAUAGACCAACAAUGCAGGAGAACGGUGAUCAGGAAAUGAGCGAGCAAACGGAGGAUGAAGAGAUGGCCACAGAGGAGUCGUAUGAUGAGGAAUACUUUGAGAUGAAAAAUGCAAAGAUCUCUACAGAGAGCAGAGCUGCAUUGCAUGGAUCUGCAUGGGAAUUCAGUGAAGAGCUUGUGAAAUGGGGUGAGUAUCCUCUUGGGAUUGUCCCAGGGCAAACAGAGGAUCCAGGCUGCCUCCUGCUAGAUAAUUAUUCAGAGAUGUCUGUGUUGGAGCAGCAGGGCACAGAGACCCAGAUGAACGGGCAUAGUUUUUUAAGCUCCCCUGCUAUUGCUCCCACCCCGUCUGAAAAUCUUCUGUGGAGUCAGAGUGAACUUGAUGAAAUCAAAGCUGGCCUGCGGCUCUUCUGAAGUCUCUUUUAUUUCCCUAGAUGCCCCGGCCAGAUUGGUUCAUGCACGAGGAUGUGCUGGAGAGACUGCAAGCUUCCACUGACCCUGUAAUACUGCGGGAUCAAUGUGCUCUAAAAAUACAAAGUGUGUUAUAAGCAGAUGUUUCUUUCUUCCCAUGUAGUGUCCCUGCCUGAAAGCCACACCUACAUACCUCUGCCAAGGAGAAGGAUUUAUUUUCAACAUGUACAAAUCAAUAGAAUUUACACCCACAUUUUGUUUAAAGCAGGGGUGUCCAAACUUUUUGCAACGAGGGCCAGAUCUGGUGAGGUGAAAAUGUGUGGGGGCCGAUCAUUCAGCCCGACAUUCUUUGAACCAUUAACAUCAUUUAACUCAUUUAAACAUGGAAUCACAUAGUCAUAGCAGUAUUAUUUGGGCACAUUAGUGAAAUGAUCGGCCACUUGGUCUAUACUGCUGUUUGUUUGCUGAAGGUGUUAGCAAUAGACACGUACUGGCAUGUAGUUUACUGUACAGGCACGUCAGUAUUGACACCUUCAGCCCUAAAAAAGUAUGUGAAGCGGCGCGUCACUGGGCCAGUAUGUGUCUAUUGCUAACACCUUCAUCGAACAGGCAGCAGUAUAGACCAAGUAGCAGAUCAUUUCACUAAUGUGCCCAAAUAUUACUGCUAUGGCUAGGCGAUUCCUGUGCUGUGCUGCCGGGCCGCAUUAUUAUUAAUUUCAUGAUGGAAGCUAGGGGCCAGUGUAAAUGUGAAAGCAGGCUGCAUUUGGCCCUUGGGUCUGACUUUGGACGUGCCUUGUUUAAAGGAAGGACCAUCCAUGUUUUUUUUAAUUUGUAUUUUUUUUUAAAGAAACCAUUAAAAGGUUAAUAAAAGGCA